UCGGCUGCUCCGCCACGGUCUCGCCAGAGCCCGGGAGUCGCCGCCUGCCAGACCCCAGAGCCGCCGCUGCCCAGGUAACCAACAUGUCUGACAAAAGUGACUUAAAAGCUGAGCUUGAGCGCAAAAAGCAGCGCUUAGCACAAAUAAGAGAAGAAAAGAAACGGAAGGAAGAAGAACGGAAAAAGAAAGAGGCGGAUAUGCAGCAGAAGAAAGAACCUGUUCAGGAUGACUCAGAUCUCGAUCGCAAGCGUCGGGAGACAGAGGCUUUACUUCAGAGCAUUGGUAUAUCGCCCGAGCCACCUCUAGUCCCAACCCCUAUGUCUCCCUCCUCGAAAUCAGUGAGCACUCCCAGUGAAGCUGGAAGCCAAGACUCAGGCGAUCUGGGACCAUUGACAAGGACCCUGCAGUGGGACACAGACCCCUCAGUGCUCCAGCUGCAGUCAGACUCAGAACUUGGAAGAAGACUGCAUAAGCUGGGCGUGUCAAAGGUUACCCAGGUGGAUUUCCUGCCAAGGGAAGUAGUGUCUUAUUCCAAGGAAACCCAGACUCCUCUUGCUACACACCAGUCUGAAGAGGAUGAGGAAGAUGAGGAAAUGGUGGAAUCCAAAGUUGGCCAUGAAUCAGAACCAGAAAAUCAAGACAAAAAGCAGGAGGUGAAGGAAGCUCCACCAAGAGAGCUGACUGAGGAAGAAAAACAGCAGAUCCUUCAUUCAGAGGAAUUCCUCAUCUUUUUUGAUGGAACAAUUCGGGUAAUUGAAAGAGCUUUGGCUGAAGACUCCGAUAUCUUUUUCGACUACAGUGGUCGAGAACUAGAGGAAAAGGAUGGGGAUGUUCAAGCUGGAGCCAAUCUUUCUUUCAAUCGUCAGUUCUAUGAUGAGCAUUGGUCCAAGCAUCGAGUAGUCACUUGUAUGGACUGGUCUCUCCAGUACCCUGAGCUGAUGGUUGCUUCUUACAACAACAAUGAAGAUGCUCCUCAUGAACCAGAUGGAGUGGCGUUGGUUUGGAACAUGAAGUUUAAGAAAACCACACCAGAAUAUGUUUUCCACUGUCAGUCCUCUGUGAUGUCAGUCUGCUUUGCUCGUUUUCAUCCUAAUUUGGUGGUUGGUGGGACUUACUCUGGCCAGAUUGUCCUCUGGGAUAAUCGCAGUCAUCGAAGGACACCUGUCCAGCGGACACCCUUGUCAGCUGCUGCACACACACAUCCUGUGUACUGUGUAAAUGUCGUUGGGACCCAGAAUGCUCACAACCUCAUCACUGUCUCCACCGAUGGUAAAAUGUGUUCCUGGAGCCUGGACAUGCUUUCAACUCCUCAGGAGAGCAUGGAGUUGGUGUACAACAAGUCCAAGUCCGUUGCUGUUACCGGAAUGGCUUUCCCGACCGGGGACGUCAAUAACUUCGUGGUUGGCAGCGAGGAGGGUACAGUCUACACGGCUUGUCGUCAUGGAAGCAAGGCAGGCAUUGGUGAGGUCUUCGAAGGUCAUCAAGGGCCAGUGACGGGAAUUAACUGCCACAUGGCAGUGGGCCCCAUCGACUUUUCUCACCUGUUUGUCACAUCAUCAUUUGACUGGACUGUCAAACUCUGGACUACAAAGCACAACAAGCCGCUCUACUCCUUUGAAGACAAUGCCGACUAUGUGUACGAUGUCAUGUGGUCCCCCGUGCAUCCCGCGCUCUUUGCCUGCGUGGACGGGAUGGGGCGCUUGGACCUCUGGAACCUCAACAAUGACACGGAGGUUCCAACAGCGAGUGUGGCCGUUGAGGGGGCAUCGGCCCUAAACCGUGUACGCUGGGCUCAAGCUGGCAAAGAGGUUGCUGUGGGAGACUCAGAAGGCCGAAUUUGGAUCUAUGACGUGGGAGAGCUUGCAGUUCCCCACAACGAUGAAUGGACAAGAUUUGCCAGGACCCUAGUGGAGAUUCGCGCAAACAGAGCUGACAGUGAGGAAGAAGGCACCGUAGAGUUAUCUGCCUAGUAGAAAUGAGCUGCCCUAUCCAGACCCUGCCUUGACUGUCUGCAAUCACGCCCAUCAUCCUGUGUUCAAUGUUCAUUUGGUGUCGGUAUUGCUGUGACAUUUUGGGCACCGUGUUGUGCCAGUUUUGCUCCAAGUUUCCCCUAUGUAUCCUACCAUGCGUUCUCCUUAGACCUGAACUUGACCAGAACAUUUCUGUCUUUGUAUUUCUGUCUCAGAAAUGAAGGGGGGGUGGCAUUUAUGGGUUUAGUUGUUGCCUUUUAACUACUUAGUAGCUGUAUUUAAUAGCUGGAAACCUCUGGUUAAAUUUGUGCUUACACGUACUUCUGGCAUAGUCCUAUUAAAUCCAUAUGAAGCCAGAUAUGAUUGGGUGCAGAUGUGGUGUGCCUCAUGAUAUGGUACAGGGCCAAAGACUUGAGAUGUGGUGUUUUACAUGGUGACUCACAUUAUGAAUGGAUUUACUAGAAGAACAUUGCUGCUCCUUAUUUAUUGUAGCGUGCUGCAUGGAACAUAUUUAUUUGAAAGCAUUAAAAUAAACGAUCCUAGAGCA